UUGGCAGUAUUUCAAAAAUGAGCCUCUGAAAGCCCUGGCGAGCCGAGCAGACAUAUUGAGACUAGAGACACACGGGGAUGGCCGCCUGCGCCGCCACCGCUUCGCUCCAAACGUAGCGCUCGCUCACCAUGGUCGGAAGGUACCUCUCCUCAGAGCUGCCCCCACAGAGUGGCCCGGGAGCCCAUUAUGAGAAUCCCCACUGGGGACACCAGCCAGCCAAUCGGAGUGCCACUUCCGCCUCAGCGUCGGCCAAUCACAGUGGCUGGGAUACAGUGAUCAUCGACGAGAGCGACACCGAGGCCUGGCCCUCCAUUUCCCGCAGCAGCCAGAGCCAGGGCCCUGCAGGAGGAUGCCCCUCGGACACUGACCCAGCCAGAAGCAGCAGCAGUAUGAGCAUGGCCACGGGGGCCAACGGCCAGACAGGCCACUUUCCUGCCAACUACCCCAGCAGCAAAGGAGCCAGCUCUGGGCCCGGCAGCUCAGCCAAUCACCCCGGGGCAGGCACGGUCAACAUGGCCUCCAGCCAAGGAGCAGCCAAUCGGGGCUGGGGAUCUGGUCCCGGUCCCUCCCCCCAUGGCCCUCCUCAGUCCUCCUCUGUCGGGGGUGGGGAGGGGAAGAGUGAUGGGCCAAUGGGAGGAGGAGGAGGCAGGGGUUGGGGCUCCUCUUCCUCCACCACCUCCAACUUGAACCUGAACCCCAAUGCCAACCCCUCGGCCUGGCCCGUUCUGGGGCACGACGGGGGCGGAGGAGCGGGGGCAAGCAGCUCAGGGGGAGCCAACCCCAAUCAACCCCCUUCUUCUCAACCCCCUCCAAACCUCUGCGACCCGCCAGGCACCUCUCACGCCCAGGGGAACGGCAUCAGGGGAGGAGCCAUGGUGGGCGGCACCAACGGCAACCUUCCGGUUGGGGGAGGCAGCACCUGGGGAGAAUCAUCUGAGCCACACCCAUCCUCAUCCACGAAUGUGUCUUUCAGCUCAGAACCUCAGAACCUUAACACUGACGGACCAAAUCAUACUAGCAAGCAACAGGAGCCCCCUAUCCACAGCGUGUCCGGCUGGAGUGGCCCCUCCGGAGGUAUGGGCUCCCUGGGCCAGCCUCCUCCUGGAGCUUCCCAGCUGGUCAAUGGAGAGGAUGGCAGCUCCGUCUGGGGCAACAAUGGAGACUCCAAGUCAGUCGCCUCCUCCGCGGAGCCUUCGGGCUGGGACUCUGGGGCCGGGGGCUGGGGGAGCCAUGGAAGCAGUGGUGGUGGACCCUCUGGAGGCUGGGGAGGCCAGAGCAGCAGAGACGCCUGGGGGAAGCAGCAUUCUGGCGAGGUCCAGGGGGGCUGGGACGCCCCCAGCUCUCCUCCCCAGCAGGCCAGAUCCUGGAGCACCCGAGCCCCUAGCACCACGGCGGCCAGCGAGGGCAGUAGCGAGGGCAUGGAUGGAGCGGGACACUCCCUCCGACAGGACCGGUCAUCCAGGGAUGAGCCUGCCCCCCUGCUCCCAGCCCCUGACCUGGACCCCAGGGUGCUGUGCAACACAGGCUGGGGCCAGACCCCCGUCCGCCAGCACACGUCCUGGGACAUGGAGGAGGCGGCACGCACCCAACGAAAGGCAGAUGCUGCCGGGACGGACUCUUGGGGAGGCUCCGGCCCCAACACUCCCACUGAGCCAGCCCAAGGGCCCUCCAACCCCAGCCACGGCCCCCCUCAUCGGGCUGACCCCAAGAGCGAGGGUCCCGGGCCUGGUCCUCAGGCUGCCCCUGGCUGGGGUGGUUCCAAGCCUCCAGCCAGCCAACCCGGCUCUGGCUGGGGUGAGCCACCGAGCAGCAAGAAUCCCCCCAACGGUCCUGGGGGCUGGGGGAACCCCCCACCAGGAGGCCCCGGGUCAGGCCCCAACAUGCCCAAAGCUGGGAGUCAGUCCUGGGGUGCUCCAGAGGAGAAGUCCCCAAGCUGGGAUGGUUCCCACGGCAAGGCCCCCAAGCCCCAGGGCUGGGGAGAUGGGCCCAAGCCGCCCCACAGCGGCUGGGGCAACAGCGCUGGAGGAGGGGGCAAUGGAGGAGGGGGGGACUGGAGAGAGCCUGCAGAUGGCAAGAAGAACAGUCCCACCACCAACCCUCCCUGGGAGGGAGAAGGAGCAGGAGGCUGGAAAGAGAGCAACCGAGGCUGGGGAAAACCUGGUCCGGGGAUGGGGGGAAAUGUUGGUGGAGGCUGGGGAGAGCCAGCGAUGGCCCAGCAGCGCCCAAGUUGCCCUGCCCAAGGAUGGGUCGGCAAGCCCCAGGAGAGCUCCAACGGCAAUAGCGGAGGAGUUAGAGGGAGCAUGGGCGGGGCAGGAGGUGGAGAAGGGAGCAUGGGAUCCUGGGGUGGCCCUGGCCCCGUGAAGCCCAGUGUAUCAGGCCGGGAGGGCAACGGGGGAGGAGGAGGGAGCAAGCAGGAUCCCUCAGGAGGAGAGCCCACAGGGUGGGAGGAACCUUCCCCACCCUCCAUCCGACGCAAGAUGGAGAUUGAUGACGGCACCUCGGCUUGGGGCGACCCGGGUGCCUACAACAAGACGGUCAACCUCUGGGACAAGAACAACCCUGGGGGAGGAGGGCCACCCCAAGGUAGACCCCCAGGGAAUGCCCCCACAUGCCCCCCUGGAAACAACAACAACCACCCACCACAUCACACCUACCACGGCCCCCCACCACCCCUCCAGAGCCAUGGGGGCCACAACCCCCAGGGCCCAGGCCAGAACAGUGGGCCCAUGGACACAGCCAUGCCUCACCAGACUGCGCCUCCACCACACAGCAGACCACCCCUCAUGGGUCCAGGCUGGGGGGAGCCUUCCAGUGCCCACCCCAAACCAGAGCCCUCCUGGGGGGAGCCUGCUCCCCCUCUGGUCAGCGUGGACAACGGGACCUCCGCCUGGGGGAAACCCACCGGGAGCCAUGGGGGCUGGGGUGUGGGUGACAACAGCCCUGAACCCUACAGACGGGGCAACCCACCCCUUGGAUCUGCACCUUGCAAACCAGCCCCCAAAUCUAUGCAAGACAGCUGGGGUGGCGGAGGUGGCGGGGAGGACAUGGGUUUGUCUGGGGGCCAGUGGGACCCUGAUGACGGGGACAUGUGGAGCAGCCAGGCCUCCCAGGAGAGCAACUCCUGGGGCAACAGACCCAGGAAGGCCCCACCCAAGGGGAAGAUUCCGGGCAAGCAGGAGGAAGCCUGGAUCAUGAAUCGCCUGAUCAAGCAGCUGACAGACAUGGGCUUCCCUAGAGAUCCAGCUGAGGAGGCUCUGAAGAGGAACAACAUGAACCUGGACCAGGCCAUGAGUGCUCUGUUGGAGAAGAAGACGGAGCUGGACAGGCGGGGGAUGGGCAUGUCUGACUACAACAACUGUCUGAUCAACAAGGGGCCAAUGGGCUGCCGGCCUCCCCUCCACUCCAAAGAGUCCUCCUCAGAUCGCUCCCCUUUCCUCGACAAGGACGGUGUUGGUAGCCUGGUGGAGGACGUCCAUACCUCCUCACCGUUUAUGCCUUGUUCCCCCGGCCCCCUCGGCCUGAAACUCCCCUCCCUGCCUCUAUCCAGCCAGGGCCUGGGUGGCCCACAGGGCCUAGCCAUGCAAAACUUGAACAACAGACAGAUGCAGAGUGGAAUGUUGGGCUGUAGCGGUGCAGCACAAGCCCGGGCCAUGCAGCAGCCUCCUCCUCAGCCGCCAGUGCCGCCUCUCGGCUCCUCCCAGCCUAGUCUACGCGCUCAAGUGCCUCAGUUUCUCUCCCCUCAGGUUCAAGCACAGCUCUUACAGUUUGCAGCAAAAAACAUUGGUCUGAAUCCUGCACUUUUAACCUCACCAAUAAACCCUCAACAUAUGACCCUUUUGAACCAACUAUACCAGCUGCAACUGGCAUACCAGCGUUUACAAAUUCAACAGCAGAUGUUGCAGGCGCAGCGUAAUGUUUCUGGUCCCAUCCGACAGCAGGAGCAGCACGUUGCACGUACAAUCAAUAACAUGCAGCAGCAGAUCCAACAGCACCAGAGACAGCUGGCCCAGGCCCUGCUGAUGAAGCAGCAGCAGACCCUCGGCUCCCUCUCCUCCUCCGGCCUGCACCACGGCCAAGGCAAAUCAGCCCUGGACUUGUUCCCAGGCCACCCCCAGGCUCCGGGCCUACCCGACCUGCAGACCAAAGAGCAGCAGUCGUCCCCCAACUCCUACAGCCCCUACCCUCUCUCUGGACUGAAUCCUAACAUGAAUGUAACCUGCAUAGAGGUGGGAGGCCUGUCCAUGAAGGAGCUUCCCCAGCCACAGUCUCGCCUCUCCCAGUGGACACACCCCAACUCCAUGGACAGCCUCUCUGGAGGCUCAUCCUCUCUGGAGCCCAACCUGAACAAGCACGGUUCCAACCUGGGCCCCCCCGGGAAGCCCCCCCAAAUGGAGGAUGGGUACAGCCCCUACGGCAUGAUGCCUGUCUCCGAGUCCCCCACCAACCCCCUGGUGCCCCCAGACAGCUGGAGCCAGGGCAAGAGCCCCAACGACAAGAUGGUCAACGGCGCCAACAUCACCUGGCCUCCAGAGUUCUGCCCGGGCGUGCCCUGGAAGGGCCUGCAGAACAUCGACCCGGAGAACGACCCCAACAUGACCCCGGGGAGCGUGCCCAGCGGCCCCACCAUCAACACCAACAUCCAGGACGUCAACCGCUACCUGCAGAGAGACCGCAGUGGAGGUAAAUUGUCGGACAUGAAGUCCACCUGGUCCCCGGGGCCCAUCUCCCACCCCUCCCAGGUUUCUCUGUCCCAUGAGUUGUGGAAGGUCCCCCAGGGGCCCCGCAGUAACACAGCCGCCCCCACACGGCCCCCCCCGGGCCUCACCAACCCCACCAAGCACUCCUCCACCUGGGGAGGCAACUCCCUGGGCCUGGCCCAAGGCUGGAGCAGCUCCUACUCCUCAGCAGCUACCACAUGGAGUACAGACAGCUCCAACAGGACCAGUAGCUGGUUGGUCCUGAGGAACCUCACUCCCCAGAUAGACGGCUCCACCCUGCGGACGCUAUGCAUGCAGCACGGCCCCCUCAUCACAUUCCACCUCAACCUGACCCAGGGCAACGCAUUGGUGCGCUACAGCUCCAAGGAGGAGGCCGCCAAGGCCCAGAAGUCCCUGCACAUGUGCGUUCUGGGUAACACCACCAUCCUGGCAGAGUUUGCUGGGGAGGAAGAGGUCCAGCGCUUCUUUGCACAGGGCCAGCAGCUAGCCUCAACCACCAGCUGGCAGGCUGACCCAGGCGUCAAUCAGACGCGGAUGGGUGGUUCCGGGCCCAGAUCCUCGCACCCCAUUGGCCACCCCCACUGGAACUCUGGCGGUGGCGGCAUGGGAGGAGGUGGAGCCAAGACGGGCGGAGAUCUGCUCUGGGGGGGCGUGCCCCAGUACUCCAGCCUAUGGGGACCGCCCAGCGGAGAGGAGGGGCGGGUCAUGGGGAGUCCUACUCCUAUCAACACGCUGCUGCCUGGGGACCUGCUGAGCGGGGAGUCCAUGUAGGACCACGUCACAGAGCUCCAUGCUAGAAAAAGGAGGAAUGGAAUUACUACACAGGAAUACUACACAGGAAUACUACACAGUACUAAAUAUAUACAUGUAUACAAACAGAAGAGCAAAAACCAAGCAAAUCAAUGUGGUGAUAAUCAGUGUGGGUGGGAUGAUCGAGGGACAGACUUGAGGAGGACAAGGUGACUCUUCUGUGUCCACGCUGCUCACCCUCUUCCAAUUUUUCUGUUUGUUAACAACAACAAAAAACAUUUCAUUUUAGAUUUGUUCGGCGAGAGGCUCUGGUUACAGUGUUUUAAGUUUGGACUUCCGGAAAAGCACGAGUCUGUCUUUGGCUCAACCAACAAAGGAAGAGAAACAUUUGAACUUUACUCUGAGAACUAUUUGUCAUGUGAAACGUGUGUUUUAGACUAACUGCUUCAAACAACGAGCUGCCAUCUUCAAAACUCCCAUAAUCCCUUGCUGCCUGGCAGCAGUCAAUCCACACCUCAGAGAAACCAUAGAUACACGUCAUUCCCAAAGCCCAUCCCCUUCCUGUCGGGAAGGUUCCAGAACUUUCUACCAGUCCGGAAUUUCUCUUGUUUGUUUUUUUCUCAGCACUAAUUACUAGCCUUAACCUCCCCCCUGGCCUCGUUCCCCUCCUUUAUUCACUGAUUCUCACUCACUCUGUACUUACUGAAGAAAACGUACUGAGAAUUGCACACUCAUUUCUGAGCCAGCGAAAACCGAGGGGAGAGGAUGUGCUUGUAAGAGACUGAGGCCACAGCAGCUCUCAACUGGAAUCUUCGGCGGUCACAAGCACAUUAUUCAGUCCCCACCACUCUUAAAGGGAUUGAUGAUGCAAACGCAAAAGAUCUUCGCCUUGUUCAUUUUAAAGCCAUUUUUGUCAUGGAGGAGUUUUGUUUCCCCGAACCAUUCGCAAAAUAAGCGAAGAGAAAUAUGACUCCAGUGUGUGAAUAUUUCCGGGGGCGUGUGUUUACAUGUGUGUAUGACCGUCUUGUUGAAGUCUCGUAACCACUGCUCUAUGGAACUGUAACAAAACCCUUGUUUUGAAAUGCACCUCAACUCGGCACCAAAACAUCACGUCUGGUUCCUCCCCUUUCUGUGACUGUGGAAGACCUCAGUCGUUACCGUGGUCCACUAAUCUCUCCUUUACACCAACACACCAUUUCAAGUGACGUGCAAUAUAAGCCACAGACUACUCUCUACUACCGUCCACACCAAGUACUCAAAGGGUUUCUCUCACAAACAUCUUUCAAGAGCAGAGACAGAAUCAGCAAGGACGCUCUAUAUCCAUGUCCCCUGGGUGUGUGAGCUGGCUGGACCUACUUAUCCGUGAAACACAAGGAUAUACAACAAGCACUUGUUAUUCAGUCUUGGACUGGGUCUUUCUAAUCCAGCCUCACAGUGACGGACUAGAGGGGCACAGGGGUAAGGAAGGGGGUGUAUGGGGCAUUAUACCAAAACGAGACUUGUUCCUUAUCUACCCACAAGACGAAACCAUGCAUUUCUUUCUUUCCAUUGUUGUAUUUGGUACAAAAAAGUAUGGAACAAAUA